GAAAAUCGUGUUGUUUCGUGAAUUAGGCAGAAUUUAUAUGUUUUCCAGCAAAAGUUCCAAUUGUUAUUACCAUUUUACAGCAAGUAAAGUUCUGUUACCUCUGUUAGCCUUCAGCAAACAAAUAUGAAUGACCAGGCCUCAGCUGACGGAGAUGUCACAUCCGAAGAAAACUUUAGCAGUUCGGAUCAGAAACUCCCUGAGCGCCGACACUCUUCGACGCCCAGUGAUGUGAUGGAAGUGGAACAAAUAGUUGAAAGUUCCUUCAAUUUGAGCAGUUAUAAGAGAGAACUGUCCGAAGCUCAAUUGCGCCGCUUAGAUUUUCUGGAGAACCAGUUUACGCAGUUUAAAAAUUUUAUUGAGCAGCGGAAAGGUAGUGACGGUCAAGCCGCUAAAGGAAAUAUAAAAAAUAUUAAUGAUGCCAACCAGAACAUUCUGGUGGAAGAAAGCAGUAAACGUCAGCAACAAAGUCUCGAUGAAGAUAAUAGUCGUUCGACGGCAAGUGAUUAUUUUUCUACUUCGCCAUCAUUUAUCAAUGGAACGAUGAGAGAUUAUCAAGUCGAAGGAUUGAACUGGCUCAUAUCACUGUACGACAAAGGUAUUAAUGGAAUUCUGGCAGAUGAAAUGGGUUUGGGUAAAACUCUACAGUCAAUAUCUAUGUUGGGAUACCUGAGGCACCACAGAAACAUCAAAGGUCCUCACCUGGUCAUCGUUCCUUUAACGACGAUAAACAAUUGGGUUCGCGAAUUUCAGCGGUUUGUGCCAGAAAUUCGUGUGCUACACGGCCACUGUUACAAGGAAGAUAAAGCUAAAUUGCGUAAAAAAUUGAUGGCGACUCGUAAAUCGUGGGACGUUGUUAUAACAAAUUAUGAAUUCUUCGUUUCGGAAAUUUCGUAUUUCAAACGAAUUAACUAUCAGUAUGUCAUUCUCGAUGAAGCUCAGCGUUGCAAGAACGAAAAAACACAACUGGCAUUAUUUCUUCGAGACAUUACCUACCGCAGCAUUUUGUUCCUAACCGGUACUCCGAUUAACAACAACCUGCAUGAAUUGUGGGCAAUGUUGAACCUGCUUUUGCCGGAAUUCUUUCGUGAUUCAGAUGACUUUGAUUCUUGGUUUAAACUGGAAGACUGUAUUGAUCCAAAUCAUGAACGAUCCUUGAGACUGAAAAAUAUACUACAACCGAUUAUGCUCCGGCGAAUAAAAGCUGAAGUUGAGCUCAAAAUACCGCCAAAGAUAAAAACAACUAUAUUCAUGCCUCCAACCAGAGAGAUGAGAUUUUGGUCUAAAAAAGUGUUAAACCGUGACGUCAUGGUAGUAAAUGGCGCAGGACACAAUAAAAGAUAUCCCAUGCUUAACAUAUUCCCCUACCUACGUCAAGUAACCUUGCAUCCAUAUUUAAUGCCCGGUGCUGAACAGGAACCCUAUGUUGAAGGCCAACAUUUAGUGGAUGUCAGCUCACGAAUGAUAGUGCUGGACAAACUGCUCACUAAGCUUCACCAGCGUGGCUCCCGAGUGCUAUUGUUCUCUCAGUUUGUCAUAAUGCUAAACAUUCUAGAAGAUUACUUAAUAUGGAAGGGUUAUAAUUACUGUCGUCUAAGCGGAGAUACUAAAGGGAACGAGCGACAGGUUCUUCUGGAUGAUUUCAACGCACCCGGGUCAGAUAAAUUUAUCUUUAUGAUAACGACUCGUGCAGGUGGCGUAGGUAUCAAUCUGCCAACUGCGGACACUGUUAUAUUUUUCGAUAUCGAUUGGAAUCCGCAGGCGGAUUUUCAGGCCGAAGAUCGAGCACAUCGCAUCGGACAGACUAAGCAAGUGCAUGUGUUUCGGUUCAUCGUUCUGGGAACUGUAGACGAAUGUUUAUAUCGAAAUUCGUAUCUUAAACAAGCACUAGAUAAAGCCAUUGUUAAGAAAAGUCUGGAAAGAUCAGAACUCGCGGCCGCUAUCAAACAUCACGAGGAAUAUCUGGAGGUGGGUAAAAACAUCGACGUGGCGGCUGUUGACAGCCAGCUGAACCGCAUUUUCGAAGAAGUCGAUUGUGGAGCUCGCAAUCCAGAGCAAGACACACUCUACAAGGAAGUGUCCCUGAAAGCUACUCGCAAACGACGUUUGUCCGAGCAGCACGAGUUAGACGCAAUCAAGCCCCCUCCACCAGAACAGUUUCUAUCGGAGAUAUAUCUGCCCGAAUCGUCGUCCCGUUAUGCGUAUAGACCUCGGAAGGAAAAGAAACCACGUUAUCAUGCCGAUGAUUCAACCAGCGACGACUAGUUUGGAACUGCGCUCUCUUUGUUGUCGUUAAAAGCUUGGAAGGUUGAAACCUGUUCUGAUAUUAUUAUUGUUUUGUUUUUAUUCACUGCCAAAUUCAGUAUUAUUCUUGU